AUGACUGUUGAACAUCCUACCUUGAACAAGUCUAUUGAUGGGUUUCCUGAGGCUCAAUUAGCCUCCGUUUCCCUUAGGCUACCACAAAAUUGUUACCUUGAGCCACAGCCAGAGCCCAAUCCCCCAGCCUCAUCUGCUGCCUUCUCAUCAAUGCCAUUACCCCAACUUGAAGUCAAAACGGUUCCUCUCUACAGAUCCUCCCACGUUCGGAGUAAUACAGUGGUAUCCCUCCCAGCCAGCAUCAUUGCAUCAAGGGGAAGAGCCCGUCUGGUCUCGGAUUCAAAUGAGAGAUAUAGUGAUAAUCGAUCGAGCAUUGAAGAAUUCACUGAAGAGUCGCCAGUGUCCACUGCUCCAAUAUUUGACUGCCCGAGCAAUCCUAGAGUUCCUUCAAGAGUCAUGGAAAGGGUCGAACGGUCACCGUUACCAGGCGGAUUGUUCUUGGACCCUUUCACAGAGUACAUGCAAGAUAGGUUGGCUCGCUUUAGACCACUGGAUGGCCAAAGCAAUACAAAUGCUCCCCUUGACUUUGAGCACCCUUAUCAGGUAAAUGAAGAUAGCCCCAAGCCAGCGCUUUGGAGAAACUUGUUUUCCGGGAGCCUGCAAUCGGCAGCUGCAAUGGGAUCACACACCGUCCCACCACGGAACGAAUCAUUGUCGCCCGUUGUAGAGCUAGCUUCUCCUCACCACAGUAGUUCUCUAUUCUUACCAAGAGAUAUGCCAUUGAUCACUAGUGAGCCUGAAGCAACGGAGCCUGUCGAGACUCCAAGAGCUGGUAUGCUAGACGACAUCAAAUCCAGUCCUAGACAGCAAGAUGAUGCCGUGGGCGGCUGUUUGUGGUACAUAUGGUGA